AUGCUGCGCUCCCAGACAGCAGCAGGUUCGCAACCGAUCAAGCAGCCUGGUCCUUACGACUUGUUCCCUCGGCCAGCCGUUGCAUCAUGGCUUGAUGGGAUUCAAGCUAAGAUCCAACAAGGGUUGAAUCCACCUGAGAGUCCAGGGCCAUCGGAAUCACCUUCACCUAUACUCCGAGACUCGAUAGAGGUAGAAGACGUAGAAGAGAAAGAAGAAGAAGAUGUUCAAGACCCAACAGUGGAUAUAGUGCAGAAUGGCUUGUCAUCAGUUGAUCAGCAUCAGGAUUACGAUGAAACAGAUGAAUUCGGUGAAGAGUUUGAUGAAGAUGAGGAGCUCGAGGCAGCAUACCAUGAAGAUGAAGAUAUACCGGGAGAACAGGAAUAUGAUGAUCAAGAGGUAGAGAGUGAUGGGGAUAUUCAAGAAAUUGUUUCUAGUCCGGAACAACUAGAGCCAUUAUUCCAGACGUAUGACGAAGAAGAAGGUGAAGAAGAAGAGGAAGAUGAAGAAGCAGAAGAAGAUGGUGUUGAAGAGAAUGGACAAAAUGUACAAAUCGUUCAAGAAGGAUAUGAAGAACAAGACCAGGAUGAGGACGAGCUGUUCGAGUCUAGAUCUCAGUCAGAGUAUGAUCCUGCCUAUGGAGUCGUUCCUGAAGAAGAUGGAGCAGCGUACGUAGGAUCCGACGGUGAUGUCUACGGCGAUGAAGAUCAGGAAGAAGAAGAUGAGGAUGAAGAGGAUGAGCACCAAGAUGAGGAGGAGCAGGAAGACGAUGAUGAUGAAGAAGAGGCGGAAGAGGAAGAGCAGGUGGAGCAAUCUCACGGGGAAGAAGACGAAGAAUCCGAUGAUGGUAUAGAAUAUAUGGGAACGUCCGAAUCACCUGCACCUAAAUCAGAUCCUCAUCAAUACGCAUCACCUCCAAAUACAUUAUAUCCAACUUUACCUCUUCCGCCUCCCCCGACGUCUUUCGUCGAAUCAGGUCAGACUCCUCAAUCAGAAGAACAGAUCUCGCAAUUACCACCUUUCUCGGAAGAUGCAAUCGAUCCCAGCUUACUCGCUCAAAUCGUUCAGCAGGUGCAUAAUAACAUGCCUGAAGAUGAUGCUGGACCUUCGAUUUUCGGCGGAAAUGCAGUAUCUUACCAGCCUCAAUCUUCUACUUAUCAAGAUCUUCUUCCUAUUCAUGAUGUUUUUCAACAGCCUUCGACGGCCUAUGGUAGUGGUUAUGGAGAGCAGGAUGAAGAGGAACAAGAUCAAGAUGAAAUUGCUUCUGAAGGACAAGAAGAGGAGGACGAAGAAGAUGAAUUGGGCGAUGAGGAGGAUAGCGAAGGCUCUUAUGAUGAUCAAGAAGAAGAGCAGGUAGAUACCACCAAGCGACCUGUGUUUACGGAAGUGAUUGAAAUCGGGUCUUCCUCAGAUGAAGAUGAGGAUAAUGAAGAGGAAGAAGAGGAAGAGGAACAGGUGGAAGAAGAUCAAGAUGAGGGGGAAGACGAAGGAGAGGGCGACGAGGAAGAGGAGGAAGAGGAGGAAGAAGAAGAGAUAGAAUAUGUGGAAGAUCGAAAUCACCAGUCUGGGCGUGGUGAUGAAAGGUACGAAGUACGACAACAGGCAGAAGGUCCGAGUGCGGACAGACAGGAAGACGAGAAAGAGGAAGAAGCAGAAGCGACUGUCUUCGAGGCAAACGAUGUAAUCUUAAACGAAUUUUCGGAAGAAGUCAGUGAAAAUUUCGAUGAAACACAAAAACCACCUGAAGAAGCCAUAAUGUAUGAUGGCGAAGUAAUUGAGGAUAGACAUUCCGUGCCAUCUGAAGUGCAAGAACCCAGUUAUGUGCAGUCAGAAGCUGUUACUCCCAGCUCGAUAUUGCCGAUGGAAAUGGAGGUGAUAGAAGUGGUUGAGGUCACUGAGGUACAGGCAACCGGGAAUGCCAAUAUCAUCACCGAACCCGAAACCGUCAUAAUCCCAUCAAUCCUUGAACCGAUAAUCUCUGAGGUGAUCGAUCAAGCUCAGAUACCUGUGGACGAACAUGUCUCUCAGCCGGAGGACCUAUCGACACCAAAAGAGGACGCUAUCGAGUCACAGCAGGAAGAUCUCGCUACACCUCAAUUGACAGACGAAUUCACGAUGGAUGUUGAUGAACCGCCUAUCAAGGAUGGAAACCUCGAAGAAGCGAACUUCAGCCCUUUUGACACCCCGACUGCAUCAAACCCCUUGGAACCCUUCCACGCUGAAGAAUUCGUUGCGUUCGAUUCAGUGGAAGCGGUGGAAACCUCAGAUGGGCCUAGUGUUGUCAAUACACCUACCGUGGAGACGGCUGGAACAGAAUCUAUGACAGUUAGUACCGGACCAGACUCUCAGACUACCAUACCUGCAGUGCUCGAUGUACAGCAACCACUAUCAGAAUUCUCCCCUUCCCUUGUUGAACCACCUGGCCAUCUUCCACCAGGAGAGAUAGUCGCACCAGCUGAGGAACUCUCUGCUGAGACUCCAACCGAUCUACCUGAUCCCAAGCUGUCGCCUCCGGACGCGAACAUUGCGAUGCCCUUCAUUCCACACGAUCUUCGACCGUCGAUCGAUCGAUCGCCUUCUUUGGCCGUCGAACCCCCCGAGAGAGAUCCGGUUCCUGGCGAUGUGCCGACUGCAGCAGCGUCUAGGUCCAGUACACCAGUAUCGCUACCGGAUCCAACGGUUCCUCCUCCAAACACCUCAGCUCGUCAACCCCUUGAUAUUCACACCAUGGUACCUCAAGACCAUGUGACACCUUCUCUCGUGGUCGAGAUACCUCAAAAUCCCGUACCAGCUGAUAUCACUUCCGCUAUCUCAUCUCGAGCUGCCACCCCACCCGCUCUUCCCGAUCCUGGUCUUCCUCCUGCGGACACCCUGGUUACUGGACCCCUUGACCCUCAUGAUCUCGUACCUCAUCCUCCAUCUUCCCCAUCUCUCAUCGUGGAACCACCAGGAAAAGAUCCUAUACCAUCUGAUAUUCUCUCGGCACCCGGAACGAGGGCUGCCACCCCUAUGGAACUACCUGAUCCUGCGUUGCCCCCUCCAGACUCGUAUCUCCUAGCUCCAAUCACGCCUCAUCAGCUGAUUCCAUCCGAAUACCCGCAAACUCCUUCACUUCAAGUAGAAGCUGCUACCGAUUCUCCUGCCCAGACCAUGUCUCGAAACCCCUCAGCACUCGGAUCUUUCGUUCAGUUCUCUUCUUCAGAUGGUGACGUGGAUGUGAUGAGUGAAGGUGACGAUGACAUACAGGUCCACGUCAGAUGGAUCGAGCCUGAAACAUCUACUCAGGAUAUCACCACGAACAUGGAGGAACAAGUGGAGGCUUCUGAAGGAAACGAAGUUGAAGAUCUAAGUAUACAAGCUGAAGCUGCAGAGAUGGAGAGCGAGGAGCAGUAUAGCUUACCUUCAGCAUCCGGAGAGGAGAAGGAGGCAAUAAAAGCUGCCAAAGAAACAUCCGAAACUGCGCUAUCAGGUGAAGAGUCACCAUCUGAGGACGACAUACAAGUGGAUGUACAGCAACUAUCCUCCGACCAGCAAAUGGACAGGCCUGAAGAGGCGGAGGAACCCUUGCCGUCGAACGAUAACGAGGCAGAUCGUACAGCAGAGACGCCUUUGGAAAGCAUACAGAAUGGCCUUGAGCCAACGAGCUCGACCAUGCUUGUAGAGGAGCGCAAACCUGUCUUGUCGACAAACGAGGAACGCUCUGAGGAAGAAGCGACGGAAACAGGAUCACCUCAAAAAGAAAAGCCGCCUUUCCUACCUCAAGUCAGCGAGUCAACUAUAAUGCGGCUGUUUCAUCGACAUGGUUCACCUAGCAACGCUUCGGUACCUGGUCCCGAGACCACCGCUCAUCGACGUACGCGCUCACGUGGUCGUGCAUCCACUUCUCUGGAACCUCCAACUACCAGAUCACACUGUUAUUAUGAGAAACUCAGGGUAUCCGACGAUGACCUGACCGCUGUUGUCCUUGUACCACAUUGCGCUAUCCCCGGAUCCACACAGCUCGAGCAGGAGACUUCCCAUGUCGAGGGUCGAUCUUCGGAAAGUGAGGAGACAGAAGGGAGGAACCUCCAAAUGGAUCAUGACCAUCCCAUAUUACUUCCUCAGUUGACAACGAAAAUUCGACGCCUCGUUGGUAAUCAGUUGGUUGAUGAAGGUCAUUGUUAUGUCCUCUAUGCUAAAGAUGACGCCAAAGUACCUGAAAUUGAAGAGAACGGUACGCCUAAAGGCACGCCACUUCGAGGACAUAGGAAGAGGAAAUCUAUGGGUGGAUCCGCAAGUCGAAAUAGUACAGGAGGAGAUGAUGAGGAUUCAACCGUAUUGAUCAAAGUUGAAAGCUACGAAACACCAUCGAAGAAGCGAGCUACAUUGUCACCUCCUGCAACUAGGAGUGGUAGAAAGCGUGGAACAGCUUCAGCGUCCGUCGAACCUGAAUCUGAAGUCGGCGCUACUCCCGCAAGACGGGGUAGAGGUGGUAGACCUUCAAAUUCUAGGAAAGGGAAAGGAAGGGAAUCUUCGGUUACCUCCGAUACUGGAAGUCGGAAAUCCAACACCGCCUCUCCUGGUCCUGCUCUCAGAAAAUCAGCUAGAAUGUCAAUAGCUAGAGGCGAAAACAUACCCGAGUUGGAGGAAGGUACACCAGUACCUGCUGAAGAUGAACUCAAUGGUAAAUCGGUUACUGCUUCUCCCGGUCCUCAGCUAGAAGGAUCCGAAUCUCAAUCUCCCACGAAAGCGAAACCUAGAAGAUCCACUCGAAUGUCAUCGAGAGGUAAACAGGACGCUUCUACAGCAACACCUGAACCACAAGCUGAAGAUCAAGCCGACACUGAAGUAGACGAUACUUCCAGGAGUGAGCUCGCUACACCCUCAGGGUCGACUCGAUUGAAAUCACCGCGUAAAACGAUAUCUUCAGCUAGUAAGGCCGACGAAGCUCCGUAUAGACCUGAAAGUGAGGAAGACGAUGACGAUACAGAAGAGGAACAGGGAGGAGAUGAUAAGCCACCGUCGAGCGCUCGAUCGACGCUGAGUGUCGAAAUACCAUCAAGUAAGAAGAGAAAAUCGAGGGCUUCCGAAGCUCAGAAUACGAACGAGGAGGAUCUGAAGGAUGAUUCUGCACCCGCUGCUUCAACCCGGAAAAGGAAGGCUAGAGCUGCUUCGAAGGAGCCUGAUUUGAUUGCUAAUCCUGAUGAAACGACCGUCGAUCAAGGAGAAACGCCGAUGAGGGAAACUAGAGGUAUGAAGAGAAGAGCGAUCGAGAGUAAGCUUGUUCCUGGUACACCAGUCCCGGAACCAGAUACAACUGGUGAGGAAGGUGAGAAUGAUGAUAUACAAGUCAAAGCGGAGACCUCGCCUACUUCGUCAGCGAGGACUUCUAGCAGAAGCGGUGGUUGGUCAGGUAGAUUGAUGAAGAAAUUUGGAUGGGGACGCUGA